AUGCCGCCAUCGUGCUACUCUUCUGUUAGCGGCGUUAACAUUCUCGUUUCGGAAACCCUCAUCGCUUCGUUAGUCAGCUGUUUUAAAGCAUCAAUGUCCGGCAAGAGGGUUUGGGUUUUGACGUUCAACUCUCUCACCGCUUUAUCCAAGGUACGUUCUUCACGACGUGUCUCUGAUUCAGUCAGAUGUUUCAAUAAAUUUCUCAGCACUGCCACUGAAAGAUGGGAUUUUCAUAGCCCUAACGGUGCGUCUCACUUUGAGAAUCCUCCAUAUGAUACCCAAAAUCGUACAGAUUAUCAGCAGAAACAAAAUGGGUGGGCCUUAAACCCCGGCCAGGGUUUUGGGGACUGCCCUGUGAAUGAUUAUGUGGGGAGUCCAGUUGGGGACAAUCGUAAUCAUAGCGCUGAUUUGCGGCAAAGGGGAAAUCAGAACGGCGGCCUGGGUCAAAGUGGAAACUUUAGUAAUGGGAAUUUACAGAUGAAUUUGCAUGGAAGUUAUGAAAAUUGUUCUUGGAGAGGUGAUGAGCAAAGCUUAAAAGGGGACCAUCAGAAUCACAGUGGAAUGCACUGGGAAAGCACAAGAAAUGAAUUGCAGAACAACUCAGCUUAUGAAAAUGGAAACUUUGGAGGAUACGGGGCUACUGCUCAAAAUAAUGCCAAUAUGAAGAAUCAAGGAGGGUGGUCUUGGGAGGGACCUACAGAGGUGAGACCCAAUCAAAAUAACCUUAAUUUACGACGGUUUCCAGAAUCUCAGGGAAGCUUGAAUGAGAGCUAUGUGCAAAACAACUGGCAGUUUCAGCAAAGCCAAAGUGAUCAGCAUGGCGCAAAUUUCAGUCAGUACCAGCAGAAUGGACAAGAUAUUUAUAAUGCUAAUUCUUAUGGUCAGGUAUCCGCUACUUCUAAUCCCGAGGGAGAGUCAACUGAGGUUUUUGAAACUAGCUCAAAUAAUGCUACGGUUGAGACGCUGGAUGAAUUUUGCGAGAAAGGGAAUGUAAAAGAAGCAGUGGAAGUUUUGGGGUCGAUGGAAAAGCAAGGUGUUCAUGUGGAUUUGCCCCGAAUUUUGCUGUUAAUGAAGGCAUGUGGGGAAGUAAAAGCUUUACAAGAAGCGAAAACUGUUCAUGAACACCUCAUAAGAUCAUUAUCACCUUGCAAAAUAAGCAUCUAUAACAAGAUUUUAGAGAUGUACUCAAAAUGUGGUUCUAUGGAUGACGCAUUUGAGGUGUUUGAUAAAAUGCCAAGGCGCAAUUUGACAUCUUGGGAUACUAUGAUAACAUGGCUUGCUAAGAAUGGACUAGGGGAGGACGCCCUUGAUCUGUUUGCUCAGUUUAAGAUGACAGGGUUGAAACCAGACGGUAAAAUGUUCAUUGGAGUCUUUUCAGCUUGUGGUGUCGUGAGUGAUGUUAGUGAGGGAAUGUUGCACUUUGCAUCAAUGAGCAGUGAGUAUGGCAUUGUCCCAUCCAUGGAGCAUUACGUGGGUGUUGUUGACAUGCUGGGGAGUACAGGGCAUCUGGAUGAAGCAUUGGAAUUCAUUGAAAAGAUGCCAUUAGAGCCCAGUGUUGAUGUCUGGGAAACUUUAAUGAAUCUCUGCCGAGUUCAUGGGCACUUGGAACUUGGGGAUCGAUGUGCUGAACUUGUGGAGCGGCUAGAUCCCUCCCGCUUGAAUGAACAAUCAAAAGCAGGCCUCAUGCCUUUGAAAGAUUCUGACCUUGCAAAACAGAAUGUUAAGAAGUUGCCAAGUCAAAGUCCUCUUGAAGUCAGGAGCAGGGUUCAUGAGUAUCGUGCAGGAGAUACAUCACAUCCUGAGAAUGAUAGAAUCUAUAAACUGCUAAGAAGUUUGAAAGAGCACAUGAAAGAAGCUGGUUAUAUUCCAGAGACAAGAUUUGUUUUGCAUGAUAUAGACCAGGAAAGUAAGGAAGAAGCUCUUCUUGCUCAUAGUGAGAGACUUGCUCUUGCUAAUGGUCUCCUCACUACUCCAGCUCGUGGACAGAUUCGCAUAAUCAAGAAUCUUCGUGUUUGUGGCGAUUGCCAUGCUGCAUUUAAGAUCAUGUCAAAGAUUGUUGGCAGAGAGAUUGUAAUGCGAGAUGCUAAGAGGUUUCAUCAUUUCAAUCAAGGGUUGUGUUCUUGCCGAGAUUAUUGGUGAUUAAAAUAAAACUUGAGAACAUUAAAAUGCUUCGGACUCAGAAUAUCUGCCACCCAACUUUAUUUUUGUGGGUUGUGACUUCAAGACAGGGAAAGGUGCUAUUGUGAACCAGCUCUCACCAGAAACAGGAUGUGAAAGGAUUGAUUCUUUCCGAAGAUGAUGUUAGAAAGAAGCUGAGAGAAGAGGAAAGGAGAGAGAGAAGGGGAUUUGAAAUCGUGGUGCUAAAUGGACUCGGAAGAUGUCUUGGUUGAGGAUGAAUUUAUCUUUUGAGAGGCCGACUUUAGUGCUUUCUUCCAUGAUGACCUGCCCCACUGAAAGCUCUUUCAUCUGCUAGCCACCAUUAAAGGAUCAUGCAUGGUCGAAUUGGAGAGUUUUUAAUGAACCGAGUUCCUUUUGAAAAUUUGAUCCCAUUGGUUCCUAAACUAACCAAUAUCCAUACGAAUAUAUUGUUAUUUUUGGGUACAAAGGAACUGAUCUUUUUACGUUCAAUUCGUAUUGUACGCGAAGAAACAAAAAGGAAGUUUAGAAUAGAUUUCCAUUUUUAUGCCAA